AUGUCGCGCGCUGACCGCGUUGUCAUCUUUUUGGACAUCGACGGCGUCCUGCUCCCCGUGCCUCGCUUCACCUUCGGCGGCGGCGACCUCUGCGCCCAGAGCGUCCGUCUUCUCCAGCAGAUCGUCAACGGCUGUGGCGGGGCGGAGAAGGUGACCCUUAUCCUCUCCUCCACCUGGCGCAACUUCCCCGAGCAGGUGCGGCGGCUGAAUGCGUUUGUGGAGAAGACGGUGGGGGGUGGCGUGCCGGCGGUUGCGGGGGGCACGCCGAACGGGACACCCAAAACUACCGUCGUCACGUACUACCCGGACGAUGCGUCGGAGCGGCGGCUCGUGCGGGACCGCGUGGAUGAGGUGACGAGGUGGAUUCACACACACGUGCGGGAACACCCGGAGGCUAUUGGCGGCCGCUGGUUCGCGAUAGACGACAUGCAGCUGGACGUGGACGACCGGAUGCGCGGCCAUUUUUUGAAGACAGAGACAGAGACCGGCCUCACAGAGGCGGAUGUGGCGCGGGCGCUUGAACUCAUUGCCUCCUUCCCAACUCCAGAGGUGGCGGCACAAGCGGCGGCAGCCGCGCUCGUUGACCCCGCCCUGAAGGACGACGAAAUCGAUAUUUUGGAGUCCCGCUGCCGCGAGUUGUCAGGGACUGUGAGUGAGCUGCAAGAGUCCCUGCGACAGUCGCGGCAGGCGCUCGAGGCACUGCAGUCGCAGCGCCUCGAGUGGGAGCGUGAACGCAAGGAAAUGGCGCGUCGCUUUGAGGACGUUAGCUUUCGUCUGGCGAGGUACGACUUCGCCAAAAAAAACGAGGCACUCCGGACGGCACUGGCGGCUCUCGAGAGCAAAACCGGGAAGGAACGGCACGCGUUGGAGAGCCGCAUCAAAGUCCUUGUGGAUCUUCUGCGCGCCAAAAAGGCGCUGGAGAAGACCGCACGGAAGCGGCAGAAAAGACCGCAAUGA